AAUUACAUGUUCGUAUGAACAAACAAACAUUCAUCCUCCAUCUAACCACCACAGAUCUCUUCGUAACCGCCUCGUUAGGUUAUCAAAUCGUUACAAAUAUCAUCAAUUUCAUCUCCAAUUCCGCUCGUUAAUCUCUGAUUUACGUGAUUUUGUUCGAUUCUACACAGUCGUCGUAUCCUCUAUCUGCUACACGAAACAAUUCACCUGACGUUGUGUUGUCAAAUCGAAGAUAUUCACCUAAAUCGGACGAUCUGAUUAAGCGAUUUCCACCUAUUACUUGAAAAAAAGUUUAUACAGUAAGCGAUCAGCAAGAGCUUUGCAGGGGUAAACACCUAAACAUUGACAGGUCAAUCCAAAAUGGAUCCGGGUCGCUAUGGUCCUCCGCAUGGAUGGGAAAAUAACAGCGCCCUCGAUCGUUAUCCUGCAGUCCAUGAUCCAAAUUUUCGGCCGGGUGAUCUAUACGAUGAUAGGAGGUAUUUAGACGAACGUUUACCAAGAGAUGAUAUCUAUUCAAGAAACGCCUUCCACCGGGAUGUAUUGCCACCGCAAGCUGCUGGAGGUUGGCCUCAAACAAGACGGCGAAUGUACGAGGACGAGUAUGCUUUUCGUGAGGGCGAUUACUAUGAUGAUGGUGGAUACGCGAGGCCUCCGAGAUACGGUGGUAGGGAUCGUGAUGAUUAUGCAUUCGAUGACUAUGACUAUCGUCCACGUGUUUCACAAAGCAGGGAAGAAAGUCGUGAGAGAGAUUAUGAUCACGGAAGGCACAGUUAUGAUUCUGAUUACGACAGAGGUGGUAGUAGGCGAGAUGGCGGUUGGCGAAGACGUGACUCACGGGAUAGAAAACGGGACCUGAGUCCAUACAAGAGGCAUGAGCGGUCCCGGUCUCGGUCACAUGGACAUGAUGACCGGGUUAGGUCUAGGUCUAGGUCUAGGUCUAGAUCUAGAUCUAGAACUCCAAGAAGUCGUAGUCGUGGGAGAAGUUAUAGAGAAGACAGUUACGAUGAUGAUUGGUAUGACAGGUCAGAUAGAAGAAGAGACCGUGACAAAAAACAUCAUCAUGAAUAUUAUUCAGCGACUCCAUCUGCUACUGUUGUUGUGAAGGGUUUGUCCCAAAAUACCACCGAAGAAGAUCUGCAUCAAAUUCUUGCUGAAUGGGGACCACUUCGUCAUGUCCGUGUUAUCAAGGAGCGAAAUUCCGGUGUUUCCCGUGGAUUCGCAUUUAUAGAUUUCCCGACCACGGGGUCUGCACGUUCGAUGAUGGAUAAAGUUGGAGAUGAGGGUCUUCUUGUUGAUGGUAGGAAGCUAUUCUUUGAGUAUAGUAAGCCAGCUGGAGGAGCCGGUGGACCUUUCUUUGGGUCAGACGGGUCAUCGAGGGCGGGUCAUAUGAACCACCGAAGCACAAUGCUUCUUUCGGAUUGGAUGUGCACAAUAUGUGGCUGCGUUAACUUUGCGAGGAGGACAUCAUGUUUUCAGUGUAACGAACCUAGGACAGACGAUGCUCCUCUUGCUGACAUGGCAUCAUCAAAUCAUGCUUCAUUUGGUAAGAAAGGAGAGACAGGCCCCACUCAUGUUUUGGUAGUACGAGGAUUAGAUGAAAAUGCUGACGAGGAAAUGAUUCGCUAUGAGUUUUCUAAACAUGCUCCAAUUAAGGAUCUUCGACUUGUUCGAGACAAGUUUACUCAUGUUUCAAGGGGAUUCGCCUUCAUACAUUUUCAUUCUGUUGAUGAUGCCACGAAAGCUCUCGAGGCAACAAAUGGGACUACACUUGAAAAAAAUGGCCAAGUUUUGCGAGUAGCGUAUGCGAAAAGCAUCCUUGGGCCGGCAUCUGGUGCAUCGUCUUCUCAUUCUAGCAGCCUUGCUGCUGCAGCAAUAGAGGCUGCAGCAUUUUCUCAACAGUAUGAUGCUGCUGGAUGGGCCCCAAAAGAGUAUAAUCCAGAUGACAAACAAUCUAACGGAGAUCCAAAGGACGCUUCAGCCCCGCAAUCUGGGUUCGUUUGGGAUGAAGCGUCUGGCUAUUACUAUGAUGCGGCUUCCGGGUUCUAUUACGAUGGAAAUACUGGUCUGUACUAUGAUGGCAAUAAUGGAAUUUGGUAUUCUUACGAUCACCAAACUCAACAAUACGUCCCUUGUAAUGAUCAAAACGAUAAAGCAUCUGGAAAAGAAAGCAAAGAAACCGAACCUGCCAAGUCAUCUAACGGUUCUAAUACCAGAAAAGUAGUUAUAUCCGCACCAGCUGCCACAAUAACAUCAAACGAUAAGGCCACUUCAUUACCAGAUGCCGUCCAGGCCGCUGCUGCUGCCGCCAUAGCUGCAGAGAAGAAAGAGAAAGAAAAAAUGAAAGAAAUACGACUCGCUUCAAAAAGCAGCAUUUUAGCAAACAAGAAAAAAAUGAGUAACGUAUUGUCCAUGUGGAAGCAAAGGAGUCACGAAAGUCAAGCACCACGGGUAGCUCUUGACGGCAAUCCGCCAUCUGGCGUAAUCGAAGAAAAAUCUUCAUCAACAAAGGGCAAAAUUGUAAUUGACAACUCACCCCCACCGGUCUCCGUCAACACAUCUGCUAGCUUAGAUGCCCAGGAGAUCCCCAAACCCGCAGGUAGCAUAUCUGGAGGGACGUUAAGAGGUGUAAUAAGGGGGUCCACAUAUGUGACAUCAUCAUCAUCAACGGCAACAGAAGCGCAAAAUUCUGCAGUCCCGUUUAGGACAGAUGCAUCUGCUUUAGGUUCUUACGCAUCACCAGCACCUACAGUGAGUGGUAAAAGACGAUUUUCCGAGUUGCCGGUACAGUCAGCAGUCAAAGAACAAGCUCAUACUACUUAUCGGGAUCGAGCUGCUGAAAGAAGGAGUUUGUACGGUUCGUCUUUCGGGGAUGAUUUGUCUGAUCUCGGAGCAGAUCCAAAUCGAGAUCCGGCUUCGAAAAGGGGUGGCAUGGAUUCGAUGCCGUUUCCACCUGGCGUUGGAGGACGUGGUGGUGGUGUAGACGGUAUCAGCAGUGUUCAGAGCUACGACGUAAUUACAUCUGAGAAGGCUAUCGACGAGACUAAUGUCGGUAACAGAAUGCUUCGCAACAUGGGUUGGCAAGAAGGCUUGGGGUUGGGAAAGGAUGGGAGUGGGAUGGUGGAGCCGGUGCAAGCGCAGGCGACGGAAAAGAGAGCCGGACUCGGGAGUCAACCGAAGAAGUUGGACCCGAGCCUUGAGGUGCAAGCGGGAGAUAGCUACCGAACGUUGAUUCAGAAGAAAGCUCUUGCUAGAUUCAGAGAAAUGUCAUGAAUGAUAAUGAUAAUAAUAAUAAUAAUUGUAGGUUGGUUUAGAUUUGGUAAAUGGUUACGUUUGUUAUGUUACAUAGCUGAUGAGUGCUGGUCUUUUGGUUUGUGGAUUUAGGUGGUGGUUAAAUUUGUGAAUGUUUGGACCAAGUGUGUUUUUUUUUUUUUUUCCAAAAUGAUUUACAAGAUGAAUUCAUUUUAUAAUCACAACAAACGUGUAUACCAACUCAGCCUUUGCUUCUUUGGAGGAGCUGAAUGUAGCCCUCAUCUGAUUCUCUGUAUCAAGUUGACAAGCAUAAACAAACUUCAUUUAUAUGA